AGAUCCACUGCACGACAACAGUGAAGAAAAUUUGUUAAUCUGACUAUAGCUGAUACUCCUGCAACACUCUUCUGACAAUGUGUGACUGUGAUUUGAUUCUGGCCAGCUGGGGGAAAGUGGAGAGCAACUUGGCUGGUUAUGGCGGGGAAGUUCUGACCCGUCUGUUCACAGAGCACCCUGACACCCUGAAACUCUUCCCCAAGUUUGUGGGGAUCCCAAGUGGUGAAUUGGCUGGAAAUGCAGCUGUUGCAGACCAUGGCAAAACUGUUCUGACGAAACUGGGUGAAAUCCUCAAAGCGAAAGGAUCUAAUGAGGUUAUCAAGCCACUGGCUACGACCCAUGCCAACAACCACAAGAUCGCCCUUAACAACUUCAAGUUGAUCACGGAGGUCAUCAUUAAGGUGCUUGGGGAGAAGGACGUGUGGGAUGCUGCUACCCAGGAUGCUUUCAGAAAGGUGAUGGGUGCUGUCGUCAAUGAGAUCGACAGCGUCUACAAGCAACUUGGCUUCUCUGGCUAGAAAACAUUUGUCCCCUCUAGUCCCUGACAUAUUGGAAUGUUGGGAUGAAGUAAACAAGUUCGUGUGGCCAGUGGGAGUA